AUGGCUCAUUUAAUACGUCACAAGAUUUCCAAUAAGAUCACAAAUGCCAUGAACACAGCCUCCAAUAAAUCCCAGGCUAAGGUAAGCGGGGUGUUCGCGCGUUUGGGCUUCCAGGCGGCCACGGAUGAAGAGGCGCUAGGCUUUGCCGAAUGCGAUGAUUUGGAUUAUGACUACCGGCAAGGCAUGCGGAUGGACGUCCUGCAAACGGACGAGGCCGGUGGAGAGAUGGAUGGAGACGGGAUGGUAGAGGGAGACAGCCACUACCAAAGAGACGGCACGGGCCCGCGGGGUGCACGCAAAAGUACGGGCAGUUGUGAGGAGCUGGCUGCACAAGACAAACCUAAAAUCACUGCCUGGGAAGCGGGUUGGAACGUCACUAAUGCCAUUCAGGGCAUGUUCGUCCUUGGUCUCCCUUAUGCCAUCCUGCACGGAGGAUAUCUCGGUCUUUUUCUCAUCAUCUUCGCCGCUGUCGUCUGCUGUUACACCGGUAAAAUACUCAUCGCGUGCCUCUAUGAGGAGAAUGAGGACGGCGAGCGAGUCCGCGUGAGGGACUCUUACGUGGACAUCGCCAAUGCUUGCUGUGCGCCACGUUUUCCAACUUUGGGUGGCCAUGUAGUAAACGUAGCCCAGAUCAUCGAGUUAGUGAUGACGUGCAUCCUUUACGUGGUCGUCAGUGGCAACCUGAUGUACAACAGUUUCCCUAAUCUGCCAGUGUCGCAAAAAGCCUGGUCGGUUAUUGCAACGGCAGCACUGUUGCCAUGCGCUUUCCUCAAAAAUCUGAAAGCUGUAUCGAAGUUCAGUCUUCUCUGCACGCUGGCACAUUUCGUCAUCAACAUUCUGGUGAUAGCUUACUGCCUGUCCCGAGCCCAUGACUGGGCAUGGGAGAAGGUCAAGUUCUAUAUCGACGUAAAAAAGUUCCCAAUCUCCAUCGGCAUUAUCGUGUUUAGCUACACCUCACAGAUCUUUCUGCCAUCUCUUGAGGGCAAUAUGCAGAAACCUAGUGAAUUUCACUGUAUGAUGGACUGGACACAUAUAGCUGCCUGUGUUCUCAAGGGCCUUUUCGCCCUUGUGGCCUAUUUGACUUGGGCCGACGACACCAAGGAAGUUAUCACAGACAACUUGCCGGGCGGUAUUCGAGCCGUUGUCAAUAUCUUUUUGGUGGCCAAAGCCUUGCUCUCGUAUCCACUGCCUUUCUUUGCUGCCGUGGAGGUCUUUGAGAAGUCCCUCUUCCAAGACGGAGGUAGAGCGAUGUUCCCUGACUGUUAUGGACCGGGUGGACAGUUGAAAUCUUGGGGAUUGGGUCUACGUAUCGGGUUGGUCGUAUUCACGUUACUCAUGGCCGUCUUUGUCCCACAUUUCGCGCUGCUCAUGGGCCUAACUGGAAGCCUCACUGGCGCCGGCCUGUGUUUUCUGCUUCCGAGCCUCUUUCAUCUGAAGCUGCUUUGGCGGAAACUCUUGUGGCACCAAGUCUUCUUUGACGUCGCCAUCUUCGUAAUUGGAGGGAUAUGCAGCAUCUCCGGGUUUAUCCAUUCCAUCGAAGGGCUCAUUGAAGCCUUUAAAUAUAAUAUUCAGGAUUAG